AUGAGCGCUACCGAAUCUUCAUCUAUAUUCACAUUGAGUCACAACUCAAACCUACAAGAUAUCUUGGCCGCCAAUGCCAAAUGGGCCUCCCAGAUGAACAACAUACAGCCAACUUUGUUCCCAGAUCACAAUGCGAAGGGCCAGUCCCCUCACACUCUUUUCAUCGGCUGCUCCGAUUCGCGUUACAACGAAAACUGUUUAGGUGUCUUGCCCGGCGAAGUGUUCACUUGGAAAAAUGUUGCUAACAUAUGUCACUCAGAGGAUUUAACUUUGAAGGCCACUUUAGAGUUUGCCAUUAUUUGUCUAAAAGUUAACAAAGUUAUUAUUUGUGGCCACACUGAUUGUGGUGGUAUAAAGACAUGUUUAACUAACCAAAGGGAAGCCUUACCAAAAGUUAACUGUUCUCAUCUGUACAAGUACUUAGACGAUAUUGACACCAUGUACCAUGAAGAGUCACAAAAUUUGAUCCAUUUGAAAACGCAACGUGAAAAAUCUCAUUACCUGUCGCACUGUAACGUCAAAAGGCAGUUUAAUAGGAUUAUUGAAAACCCUACUGUGCAAACUGCUGUACAAAAUGGAGAAUUACAGGUAUACGGUCUGCUUUACAACGUAGAGGACGGUCUACUGCAAACAGUUAGCACUUACACAAAAGUUACCCCAAAAUAG